AAUCGUCAGCGGCGUGGGGGGCAGGGCAGCACUAUAUAAGUGCUGGGCAGCCGUGGUGGCGGGCGAAGCGGGGUGCGGCAGGCGACAUACUGCCACUGCCAUGGAGGGGAUUGUGACUAUGUAUCAGGACUUCAUGAAGAAAGCAGACCCCCGCAUUGCUGAUUAUCCACUGAUGCAGUCCCCAUUCCUUGUGCUGGGCAUCCUUCUGGCAUAUGUCUACUUUGUACUCUCCUUGGGUCCCCGGCUAAUGGCAAACAGGAAGCCUUUAAACCUGAAGAAGUUCAUGGUGCUAUAUAACUUCUUCCUGGUGGGACUCUCACUCUACAUAGUCUAUGAGUUUCUGAUGGCAGGGUGGCUUACUGGGUACACCUGGCGAUGUGACCCUGUGGACUUCUCACAGGACCCCAAGGCCCUCCGGAUGGUCCGUGUUGCUUGGCUGUUUGUCUUUUCCAAGUUCAUUGAACUGACAGACACGGUCAUCUUUGUCCUGAGGAAGAAGAAUGAACAGGUCACAUUCCUGCACCUUUUCCACCACUCUGUUCUGCCCUGGAGCUGGUGGUGGGGGGCAAAGUUUGGACCAGGGGGAAUGGGCUCAUUCCAUGCCAUGAUCAAUUCUAUGGUGCACGUUGUCAUGUACUUCUACUAUGGACUCUCAGCAGCAGGACCUGCCUUCCAGAAGUACCUGUGGUGGAAAAAACACAUCACGGCCAUCCAGCUGGCACAGUUCGUGAUUGUCUCCAUCCACAUCUCCCAGUAUUAUUUCAUGCCCACCUGCCAGUACCAGUUUCCCAUCUUUAUCCACCUUAUCUGGAUUUAUGGAACCAUCUUCUUCAUCCUCUUCUCCAACUUCUGGUACCAGUCCUAUACCAAAGGCAAACGAUUGCCCAAGGUGGCUCAGCAAGCAGCCCAGCACAAUGGUAGCAGCAUCCAUGAGAAUGGCACUGUCACCAACGGCAAGGUCAAAGCCAACUAGAGGGCAGCCUGGCCCUCCCAGAGCCAAUGAGAGCCCCGGGGCAGAGGCAGCUGGGACCUGUUCCCCUGCUCCUGGGUGCCACUAGCCAAGUCAAGUGCCUACAGACUGUUGUACCCCUGUGCCCAGCCCUGCUGUCCUCUGUCUGCAUGCCCAGCCCCUCUGCCCUGAGCAGCCAUGGGCAACUUGUCCUGCUCUUGGGAGGGCUUGUGCUGUUUCUCACUGUUGUUGAACAGAGAGGCAGCUGCCUGCAUCACAACUUGGGGCUGCAGUCCCAUUCCAGUGUUUCCAAAGGAAUUUCCCCCAAGUGCCUGCAUCUGGCCCUUCUGCCUGGGGGCCAUUUCCUUCUGAGUAGGACCAAAAGAAGAGACUGAUCUCUGUCCUGGUGCCCUCUCCUCUUCCCUGGCUCAUGAGAGCCUGUGUGGAUGAAGUGACUUGUCCCUGGUUGCUUGCUGCUGCCAGCUCAAGUGUGAGUGCUCCUGCUCUACCAUGCCUUGUGCCACUUUGUUUCAUGCCACAAUGCUGUGUGUCCCUUGUGGUCCCUGUAUACCCAGGUGGUGGUGAGGGGGUCCUGCCCUGGUGUCUGUGCUCUGGUGUGGCUGCGGAGAAUGUAGGGGCAGCAAAUGUGUGGUACUUGAAGGCCCAGAGCUGCCCAGUACAAUACACAUGCCUUGUGCCUAGUACAAAGGGGUUGUGACAGCCUGAAAUGCCUCUACUGUGUAAUAAGCCCAGGUUGCCUUGCAUUGCCUUUCUGUGCCUGGGCUGAGUGCUGAGCAUGUGCUUUUAGCCAUGCGUAUGUGAUCCAGAAUGGCAACUGAUGGUUUGUUCUGGAGUGAGGGAUGCCAAGCUCACUGUGCUUUGGGCCACUUCCAUUCCUGCAACUCAAGACUUGAGCAAUAAUUGCCCCUAGAGUUGGCUCCUGGGCUCUCCUGCCUGGGACUGGCUCUGCUCUGGCCCCACGUGAGCGCAGUGGAGGAUGGUUGUAGUGUACCCUGCUGUGGUGUAAUGGGGAACACCUCUUGCCUUCAUGGAUCCUGCUAGGCCUGAGUGAAGAUAUACUCUGCCAUUCAGCAGGGCAGUGCAGCAGCUCUCCUGGGCCUGGUGCCUGUCACCUGCUCUGACUAACCAAAGCUGUCUCAGUGGCCUUGAGGAUGAGGUGAAGGAGCCAGGCCCAGUCAGAUUGGGCUGCUCUUCUAUCAUAAAUAAACAGACAGAAGGAGAAA